UGCGGGGAGAGAUGUGAGAAGAGCGCCCUGUUCUACACCCUACAGCAGACAUUUACCCUCUUAUUCUACACUAACUUCGCCAUCAACUUCCUUCUCUACUGCGUCACCGGGCAGAACUUCCGUCGGGCGGUGGGUGGCUUGUGUGUCACCGCCCGACGACGCUUCCGACCACCCACCCAUCACCAUCGUUCGGCCGCCCACAGGUCACCGGGAGUCACCAGGAUGCCACCCGUGUCUACCUUUGAACGCAAUCCUACAGGUUCGGUCAUGCUCAACAUACAGCUCUGGGAAGGGCCUCAACAUCAGGACACCGCCUCUCAGCACCCUCCUGAUGCCCUCCACCCACAACCAGGCCCCUCCACCCACGCCUCGCCCACGUCUAAUGGCCUCAACACCACCGUACAUAACGAGGAGGAGGACUCGUUCUGAUUGGCUGCAAGAUCUCGUCCACGUCAAUAAGAUUAUUACUAUGGCUCAUUAGAUCUGGGGCUCAUCCUGGGGUCCAUUAGAUCUAGGACCCUUUAAAUCUAGGGGCCUAUUAGAUCUGGGGCUCAUCCUGGGGUCCAUUAGAUCUAGGACCCUUUAAAUCUAGGGGCCUAUUAGAUCUGGGGCUCAU